AUGUCUCAACCACAACAAAAUACCGCCAGCUCGUCCAGCAAAAUAUGGGACAAAACCAAAGUCUUCGGCAAGAAGACCUUCGACAAGGGCUGGGACGCCCUGGACAAGCUCGGUGGGCCUGUCAACCGUCUCUCCAACAAGCUGGGCGCGGAGGCCUUCUGGCCCAUGUCCAUCGACAAGGAAUGCGACAAGGCCGCCCGUAUCUUGCGCAGCUUCUGCAAGGAGGGGGUCUACAUCGACGAGAAGGCUGAGAGCGCUCCGCCCGUCAGCGGGCCUGAGGCCUCCAACAACAAGGAGAAGGAGAAGAUCGACAAGCCGCGGGGCAAGCAGAAGGUAUUGAAGAAGAUCCCUGCAGAGGUCAUUCGGGAGGCGAAGGGAUUGGCUGUCUUCACUGCGAUGCGGUGGGGCUGGGGCUUCAGCGGUGCGGGGGGCAGUGGCAUUCUCAUCGCCCGCGAUCCUCAGACGGGUCAGUGGACCGAGCCCUCGGGGAUUCUCUUGCACACUGCUGGUGUGGGCUUCCUGGCCGGCGCGGAUAUCUACGACUGCGUCAUGGUGAUCAACACCUACGAGGCGCUGGAGGCCUUCACCAAGCUGCGCGUCACGCUGGGCAGUGAGGUCAGCGUGGCUGCGGGUCCGAUUGGCAUGGGCGGCGUCGUCGAGAGCGAGGUGCACAAGCGACGCGCGCCGAUCUGGACCUACAUGAAGUCCAAGGGACUGUACGGGGGCAUCCAGAUCGACGGAUCAAUCAUUGUGGAACGGUCGGAUGAGAAUGAGAAAUUCUACGGUCGCAGAGUGCCGGUGAAGGACAUCCUGGCCGGUCAGGUCCGGUCGAACAACCCCUCCGUGAAGGGGCUGGUGCACACAAUUCAGUCCGCGGCCGGCCAGGCCAACUUCGACCAGGCCCCGGCUGGGGUGCAGAUUCCGACCGGCCCCAGCCCCAGCGAUAUCCCGCCGGAGCAACUGGCUCAGAGCGACAUGUUCCACGCCCAAGCGCCCGGCGCGCCCCCGCCCGAGGCCGGUCAAUACCACCCGGAGCAGUAUAACCAGGGGCCGCCGAACCCCCACACGGGCUACAACCAGGGCCCGCCCUCGGGUGCGCAAUACCCGUCUGAGCAGUACAACCAAGGACCGCCCAACACCCAUGCGUCCUACAGUCAAGCACCGCCUGCGAAUGCGGAGUAUUAUUCGGGGCAGCACAAUCAAGUACCGCAGAACAGGUACUAA